AACAGCUGUUUCCUGUUUCUGUGUCAAGUGCAGUUUUAUUUGUAUUGAACUGUAUUCGCUAUGGAACCCUUAUUUUCUAGUUAUUUGUGAGCAAUUUAUACAUAAUUAUUUCAUGUGCGUUCUAUUUCAACGAAAUGAGUACAAUGAAUGAUAUUUUUCACGACCCUUCUUUCAAGAAAGAUUUCGCUUUCAUACGACAAUUGGAGACCCAAAACAAGGCGUAUCAGGACAAGAUAUGGGAAAAAUUUGUAGGUACUUUCAAUAAAAACGAUGACGACAUAAGAAUCGUGAACACCCGUUUUGAAUCUCACCCAUCGGGUUUAUCCAGCGAGUCUGAGAAGAGUAUACACAUAGUGCAAGACGACUGGAUGAACGAGGCGUCCUUCAAGCUGUCCAGCAGUAGCUUGGAAUUGAAAUCUUUGAGGGAAAAGAGCAAAUCAAGUUCAGGAAAUAAGAUCCUCCUCCAUGAAACAGAAAGGAAAAAACUCCACAAAAAACUCACCAAACACCUCCAAAACGGAACGUUGGACAAGUUCGAGGUCAAGAACAUAGGAGACCAUCCAUCGAAGAAUUCUAGAAGCGAAAGUGAUAAGAAAAAAGAUCAAGAACUGGAGAACAAUCAGGAGGUCUAUUUGGAUAGGUGGAGCAAAUCUAACUCGAUGCUUAGUAUCUCCAAAAGCGCAUCUCAGUCGACUGUGAACGAAGAAAAAGACGACAAAGAGGAAGCAAAAGCUCCGAGUGCAGUAGAAAGAAAAAUGUCGGAAGAAAUCAAAUUACUUAGGGAAGAACUGAAAGAGACUGAAAAGAUAGGACAAAAGAUGAAGUCUAGGACGACAACGGUGCGUAAAACAAAAUCUACAGCUGCUAAGGAGAGUAAAAAGUUCACAAUUGAAGUCAAUAUUUCGACGGAACUGAGGAAAUCCAAGUACUACAUUGAGAAAUGUAUCGGUGUCAUAAAAGAUAUAAGUAUGAUCAUGAACAACGGUAUCAUGCCUCCAGAUGGUAGCGAGGACUAUAGCAGAAGGCAAGUCAGGACGAAAGAAUUCACUUCCAGAUUUUCAAGAACCUACUUGUACCCUCUGCUCACUCAACUGUCCAAGUUGAGUGUCGUAGAAAAAGGUUCUACCAUCCACUCAAAAUUCACAUCCCUGUAUCAACUUACGUAUCAAGCCUUGCAGUCCUGUUUCAACCACCUUCCUAACACUGUUGGAACGACAUCAUACCAGAAACUUCGGGAAUGUUUGAAUUGCGCAAUAGACAUUUGCGAAAGAAGUCGCAAAUAUUUCGAAAAAGAAGAGAAUUACGAUAAUGAGGAUUAUGUAUGUAUUUUCAAGUCCCAUUGUGUAGAUCUUUCACAUAAAAUCGAGGACAACUUUUUGUCCAUAUCUGCUGAAUCCUUACUCUAUUCUAAAAGUACGAGAACAAGUCUGGCGCCUCCCUGUAAGAACAAUAGGAAUAUGGCCCAUAUCUCAGAGAGCAAAAAAAGUCUUCAAAAGAGGUACUCCAUGUAUAAUUCGAACUUGGCACAGAAAAGGGACAAGCAGUGGAGGAAAAUGCUUGCAGCUUUCGAGGAGAAAAAACCCAAGGUGAAAUCUCGAUAUCGCACUGCAACCUUCAAGCAUCGCCCUCCCAUAGAGAAGAUAAACUCCCAGAUUAUGGUACAACCAAGACAGCAUCGUCUGGACGAAAAAAAAUCGCUCAUACUCCUGAGGAACACACCGGUUGUCACUCCGAUCAAUGAGGACAAUAUACAGACGAUGAUUCUACCCUUGCACCUACUACAUAAGGGUAGUUUUUUCUUCAGCAAGGUGAAAUCUCGAUAUCGCACUGCAACCUUCAAGCAUCGCCCUCCCAUAGAGAAGAUAAACUCCCAGAUUAUGGUACAACCAAGACAGCAUCGUCUGGACGAAAAAAAAUCGCUCAUACUCCUGAGGAACACACCGGUUGUCACUCCGAUCAAUGAGGACAAUAUACAGACGAUGAUUCAAUAUGAGAACGAACGUAUCGAGGGUGGUGAGAGCGAGAAAGAGGUUUUGGAAGAAAACGAUGAAGAAAUGGCGGAAAAACACAAUACGACCUUUUUCGUUGACCAGACAGUUCAGGGAACCUGUGGAGAUACUGGACAGAAGGAGGAUAUAUUGACAAAACUUCUACAGCUAGUACAGGAUACUGACGACAAAAACCCAGCAGAAAUGGACAGUAACCUAACAAACACCAUAAUGGUCUUGCAAAAAUGCCUCAAUUUCAAAAAUCAGAAUACGGAAUUGAUGAAAAAGAAGGAGAACGGAGAUGAUCAGAAUCUGGCUGUGCAAAGCAAUACGAUGGAAAUAAUAGAGAGCUCAGAUAACAAUGAAAAAAAGAAGAAGAAAGAACCUAAAGUCACAGUAACCGGAACAAAAAAUGCCCAGUUGAUCUGCAUAAAAGACGAAAAUUCCAUCGGUUCCGUCUCGGAUGAGAACGAGGAAACGAGAAACCGAAGAAAUUCUAAAGAUUCUUCAAAUAAAAACUUGAAGUCUACACAGGUGCAAACGUGCGAAUCGGAAUUGUUCGAGGAAGAUGUGCCCAAACUGAAUAGAUCCAAGAGUAGUAUUAGGAUCGGUAGAAUGAGGAGACCCAGAAAAGUGUUGCAGUUGUUGCCGAAGGAUUACGCCAUCAAUAUAAUCCAGUACAAGUUGAUGUUUUACAAACACCACAAGGGAAAUUAUAUGUAUAAGAAGACUUCGACAACGAAGCCCUGGGAACUUAUGGAUAAGAUCUCCGAGGAUAUCUUGGAUUAUGCACUACUGGGGAUCGCAAAGGAAAUAGAGGUGAAUGAGCUUCUGGAGAACAUAUAUAAUGCAGAAUUCCAAUAUUAGUCUUCAUAAACAAAUUUGAAUGAAUGAAUGAUAUAUUUUCGUACAACAUUUUAUACUAUAGUAUUCGAAAAGGAGUUUAUGUAUUAUAAUUAUAUAUUCUGUAAUAUG